AUGAAAAUGCACCUAGCGCUGAUCUUCACAUAAACCAAACAGGAUCAUUGAAUAUGACUUAUAUUUCUUUUAAUAUAAACCAAACAAACCUAACAAACCCAAGUUCCACUUUAUUUCAGUUAUUUGAUCCAGAAACGGAUGCAAUAAAAAAUAAUAAUGAUUUAUUAAACUCGUUGUCUAAAGAAUCGCAAGGUUUAUUAGAUGAUUCUGAAUAUGCAAAUACCUUUGUACUUGGGUCAGGGAGCGUAUAUACUUUAAAAUACACAAAACAAAUCCGUGAAGUGCUUGUUAAUGUACCUAGCAGUAUAUUCUCUUUGAGUCCUACUUAUGAACGAAUACCAUAUAUUACUUCAAAUCUUGCAACUGUCUAUAUGCCAAAUUUAGGAAAUCAAUCCAUUCUUUCAGUAGGUUGCGGGUCAACUACAAUUGAAACUGAAGAAGAAAGAUUAAUUUUAACUUUAUUUGAUGUUUUCGGUUUUGUUGGUGGUUUAUUUACAUUGGCCACCUCAAUAAAUAUAUUUCUAUUUGGUGAAAAUACUAAAAAUCCAUGGGGAAUAGUACAAUCGAUUUCUUGCUGUGGUAUUAAGAAAAGAGUUCAGAACAUUCUCUACGAGCAUUUGAAAGAUCAGAUUCCAUUUGCUGAUGAUGGUGCACAUUUAGACUAUCCUCCUGAAAAACUUGAAGAUAGAAUAAGUGCAAUCGAACAACGGCAUAAAGCUUUAGAAUUUCUUCUUCGAGAUUAUGUGGUUAAUGUUAAUAUUCUUCGUGAUAACGAAAUUGACAAUAGAUUUUAUAAAUUCAAAAAUCAAAACUGA